AUGCCCGAAUCAUCAAAGCCCCAAGAAAAGGGCAAAUGCGCUUCUGAUCCCACGAACUCGAGCGAGCCCGUCGAGGAUCCGGAAGAGUCGAUAGCGCCCGAGAGAUUUCCACCCGAGGAAGAAGCGAGCCUUCUGGGCGAGUCAAACGAAAAGAAAUCCGAAGCAAAUGCCCUGUUCUCGUCAGCCAAAUACGAAAAUGCCAUCAACAAAUAUGAAGAGGCUAGCUCAAUAUGUCCGCAUUACCUCGACUACGAGCUCGCCGUUCUGAAGUCCAACAUCGCUGCGUGCCACCUCAAGCUGGAACAGUACAAGGAGGCCAUCAAGACCGCCACCGAAUCUCUCGAUGGAUUGAGUCGGCUGGAGAAAGCAGAGUCCAAGGAACAGGAGACCGGGAACGAGAAGGUUAAGGGGCCAGACGCCGCUGAAGAGGGUGAGGAUGAGGCCGAGGAAGAGAUCAUCAGCUCAGGAGCACAAAACAGCGCACCUGCUGUGAAGGAAGAGACCGCUGCCGAGACCGCCAGACGGAAGCGCCAGGACGACAUACGCAGAAUACGGGCGAAAGCCCUGAUGCGCCGCGCCAGAGCAAGAAGUGAGCUCGGAGGCUGGUCGAACCUCUCUGGGGCCGAGGAGGACUACAAGAUCCUUUCUGCCACGGAUAAUUUGAGCGGCCCGGACGAGAGGUUGGUCCGGGCACAGCUGAGGGCUCUGCCGCCGAGGGUGAAAGCAGCCCAGGAGACGGAGAUGUCAGAGAUGUGGGGGAAGUUGAAGGAUCUUGGUAACGGGAUAUUGAAACCCUUCGGCCUCAGUACCCAGAAUUUCAAUAUGGUCAAAGAUGAGAAGACGGGCGGUUAUAGCAUGAACUUCAACCAAAACAACCCGAGUCAAUAG